UGAUGUUCUGACUAUAUGUGCGUUACAGGUAGAAGGAGUAAAGAAAAAUAUGAUAGAUUCAACAGAAUGAACAGUAUUUUGGCAAAGGAAGUUGAAAGGAAGGAAGAUAACAGGGGUGACGGUAUUGGACGAAAGGAAAGAUAGAAGAAAGAAAAUAAAAGAGCGAAGGAGUUGGGAGAAAUGAAAUGAAGAAAGGCGGAGGGAAGACAUGAGAGAGAGAGAUGGGGAGAGAGAUUCGUCGAGAGAGAGACAGGGUGAGAGAGAGAGAGAAAUGGGGAGAGUGAAAGAGAGGGAGAGAUUAAUCAAUGUGAGGAGAGCGAAAGAGUAGAAGUGGUAAAUUGAGAAUAGAUGUUAAGAGAAGGUAAGAGUAGAGGAGGGAUGAAGAAGGCGUGACUAGUCGCACUAAUUAUGACUAGCCGUGAGUGAAUAUAUUUCUCCAACAUGGAUUUUCUAAAACAAGAGUAAGAAGAAAAAGCUUUGCGUAGCGUCGAUUGUGAUAAAAUAACUCAGAGGUCGGUUUGGUCGGCUUUGUGUGUGGAAUAUAAAUAUGUUUGAGUAGAAGAAAUACGGCAGAUGUAAGAAAAGUAGGCACAAACGCUACAAAAGAAGAGAAAGAACGAGAGAGAGAGAGAUAAAAAGAGAGAGAGAGAGCAAAAAAAAAAAGUAAUAGCAGAAAAGUAACAACGGGAAGAAAAAAAUUUGAAAGAGAGAAAGAAAGAUAAGCAGGCGAAGUUAAAGGAAUGGCAAAGUGAAAUAUACAAAUAAGAGUGAAACAUACAAAUAACCGCGAGAAUGAAAAGCGAAAACAACGGAUUACGAUUUAUUUACGCGAAACAUGGAAUUUAUCGUUUCCCAAGCAACCAGCACGGAGUUUUAUUAGUCUUCUUGGCCGUGAAGCCAGCAAACGUCCAGCAAUGAGCGAUGGACUCUGCAAAUAGAGAACUGUCCAGCUGUUUAAGGGCAGGUGGAUGGAGCGUAUUGUUUACGAAUGCUCGUCCGUUGUGAAGUCUUUUAACCAACCAUUCUCCCGUAACCUUCAACAACACCAAUAUUCACAUCACCACCCGCAGCAAUAUAAACAGCAGCAGUCAGAACAACACAGCCAACAUCAGCAAGACUAUCACAUAUAUCGACCAAAACAUUUUGUCUCAUCAAAGAAGUUUCUUCAGUUCGCCAGAAAAUUGUUGCUCUUCUUGUUUUGCGUUUGUACAUUCACAUGCGUUCUUCUCUAUGCAUUUGUAACUGCCAAUUGUAACACACUUGUUACUCUGUCGGGUGGGUCACUUGCCGUUAUAGAAACAGACAGGCUAAACGAUGUGGUUAUUGCUAGAGAAUUCCAGCGACCGAUUGACACCAGGUUUAAAUUCUCCUCUUUUCUCAAUCUUUCCAACGUCUUUCCAUUUCGUAAGAUCAGCGGGCAACAGUUGCAAAGCAGAUCCACCAAACGACGCCGAAACACUGUUCCGGUACCGGUAUCCUUAAAUGUAGUAGCACCUGUACACGUACGCCUUUCUAAAAGCCGAAAUAUUCGUCCCAAAACAUCUACUGUGAUCCCUUUCCGAUUUGCAAAACCUCCAAGCCAGACAUCUGGUCAACCUGCCCCAGGGAGGAGACAAAGGAAAUCACCAAGACGUUUGGCGUCAAUGGCAGUUAAAAAGCAAAAUGGUUACCAUGGGUUACGCACAGAUGGUGUCAGGAACAGUGAUGAUACCGUUAAUAAGGUCAAGGUUUACAAAUAUAAAAGGAGCAAUACCAACAACAAAAACAACAGUAACAAGAGAUACAAGAACAGUGUUAGAUUUGUUGGAAGUAAUCGUAACGAUAAUUCUUUUCGUACUUGGCAAGUUCCUUGGUCAGCAAAUGAACAAAAGAGGUCCGACUACGCAGAGAAUUUGGUUAACAAGACCAGAGGCAGUAGAAUGGUGCAGCAACAUCAGGGCGACAGAAGUUUGGACGGUGACAGAGCGGUCUAUCAGCGAUAUGAUGACACCAUUUUGUCACAGUCAAAUGAUUUAUUGUCUAACCAACAAAUCAACCGAAACGAUAAAGACAGCAUUAAGAACAGCAAAAACAAUAGAAACCACAACGACGACGAUGGUAAUCUAAAUAAGGAGGCGAAAACAUUCAAUACGGGAUAUAUUAUGGAAAAUAAUAACAAUAACAAAAGUAAUAACAGAAAUAAUAGCUAUGAUAGUCAUGAUAUUGAUGGUGGUGGUGGCGACGGUGUUGGUGAUGGGGAAGUGGUUGGUGAGAGGAAAGGUAUUUACAAUGAUGGCAGACCUUUACAUAUACAAAGAAUUCGACAGAACGCUACCAAAAAACUUCCGCAAGCAAUAAUAAUUGGAGUUAAGAAAUGUGGUACCCGCGCAUUACUGGAAUAUCUCAGGUUACAUCCUGACAUGAAAGGCACUGGACCGGAACCGCAUUUCUUUGACAGACAUUACUAUAAAGGCCUGGAGUGGUACAGGAAGAAAAUGCCGGCAACUAUAGAUGGGCAGAUGACAAUUGAAAAGACACCGAGUUAUUUUAUAACAAAAGAGGUUCCAAAAAGGAUCUUCAACAUGUCCAAAGAGAUGAAAAUUCUUGUAAUCGUUCGCGAUCCAGUCACAAGAGCCAUUUCUGAUUACACGCAACUUGCUUCAAAACGUAUGAAUCAGAUGAAACGCUUCGAAGAACUAGCAUUCCUUAAUACCUCAACUAGAAUUGUCGACACAAGUCGAAAUAUAAUUCGGAUCGGGGUCUACGCAAAAUUCUUGGAGCGAUGGCUUCAUUACUUUCCUCUAUCUCAGAUGCAUUUUGUAAGUGGUGAACAAUUGAUAUCUGAUCCUGCGCAAGAACUUAGCUUAGUGCAAGAUUUUCUUGGAUUAAAAAGGAUCAUUUCUGAGAAACAUUUUUACUUUAACGAGACAAAAGGUUUCCCUUGUGUGAAAAAGGCUGAGGGAAGCGGUCACCCACAUUGUUUGGGUAAAACGAAAGGAAGGCCUCAUCCAACUGUAGAUCCGACAAUAUUAAAGCGACUGAGAGAUUUUUAUAGGCCGUUUAAUACAAAAUUCUACCAAAUGGUUAAUAGGAAUUUUCAUUGGCCAUGAUUUUAUGUAAAGCGAUAUUUCUGUACUAUGAUAUUGUCUGUGUUUGUGUAUUUACCAUGUCAUAAAGGAGAGAAAGGAAAACAAUACUUCAUGUUUAUUGCCAUUUUAGAUUCGAAUAUGUUUGUAAUUUUUUUUCUAUGAAAAAACUGUUGUUUAAUCAUCGGGAGUAAAUAAAACCAAAACAAGGCGUGUUUGGUAACCAAA